AUGACUCAAACUCAGCCCACCCCCAAGCACACCUUCGCUGAGCGUGCUGCUGCCAACAACUUCAACGAUGCGCAAAUCCUCAACUCCAACAAUCCCGCGGGCGCAGAUGUCCCUACCAAGUCGGACGUCGUUGUCGCAGGUGGAGGUAUCCACGGCCUCAUCUAUGCCAUCCACGCUGCCAAGUACAAGCCUGGCAAGCUCAACAUCUCCUUGAUCGAAAAGGGCACCAAGCCUGGCUACAAGAUCGGCGAGAGCACUCUGCCUCUCUUCUCGCUGUGGUGCAAGAUGCACGGCUUGACAGCCGAGUACAUGCUGCGUCUCUUCGGUCUCAAGGAUGGCCUGUGCUUCUAUUUCCUCGACCGUGAGAAGCAGGGCGAGUAUACCGACUUCUGCAGCAACGGUACCCCCGGUCUCUUCCUCAGUGGCUUCCAGAUCGAGCGUUCGAUCAGUGAGCUGCUCUUCACUCUGUUGGCUCAGCGCAACGGAGUCAACGUCUACCACGGCCGCCAGGUGGACUUCAACGGCAGCACCAUCAAGGGUGGAUUCCAGAGCAACAAGAUCGCCAUCAACCCUGGCAAGUUCGACGGCAAGCCUGCCACCACCAUCGACUCCUCCCUGCUCGUUGAUGCCACAGGUCGCUUCCGCCAGCUGGCCUCCAAGAAGGCUUCCCUCAAGCGCUUCGAGGGCUGGAACUACGACGCCUUCUGGGGCUACUUCACUGCCCCCAAGGAUGAGAGCGACAUUCCCCUUCGCUAUUACGAGGGCGACCACACCAACCACCUGUGCUUCCCCGAGGGUUGGGCCUGGGUCAUCCGUCUUCCCUCGUGGGAGGGCAGCCCGAUCCCCAACCUGAUGGACAUGAUCUCGUACCUGCUCGACUGCGCCGCAGCCGGUGUUCCUGGCGACCAGAUCCCCAGCUCUGAGGAGCUCGCCAAGAUGUUCGACCUCAAGUUCCAGUGGGUGACCAGCAUUGGCUUCGCCGUCCGCAACGAUGUCAAGUACCCUGAGGACAUGUCCGCCUACGGCACUCGCGAGGCUGAGCGCAAGUUCAACUACUUUGUCCAGAAGUACGACCUCAUCAACAAGUUCAUGGGCAAGUUCGAGCUGGUCGAGGACUUGUACGGACCUGGAACUACCUGGUACAUCCGCAAGUCACUCACUUACCAGUCCCCCGUCGUCUCCGGCCCUGGCUGGCUGGCCGUUGGUGACGCCUGUGGCUUCACCAACCCUCUGCACUCCCCCGGUAUCACGGCCGCCAUGUCAACCUCGACCUUCGCGGCCGAGCUGACGCACCAGGCCCUUGACGAGGCCAAGCGUGCCGCCAACGCCGAAGCCGCCGAGCUGUCCAUCCGCAAGACCCUCGCUCCCUACGACGACUUCUCCAAGCGCCUCAUCCCGGCCCUGAACCAGAUGAACAAGUUCAACUACGUUUGCUUCCGUGAUCCCCGACUGGGACCACAGGUCUCCUGCCUGUGGCAAUUCUUCGCUGGUAUCGGUAUUCCAGACUGGCAGCUCAUCCGUCAGGACUACAACCUCAACUUCGAGACGUAUGUGCCCCACUCGAUCAACUGGGCCUGGGGAUCCAUGGUGCCCGAGUACGAUGCCGUCGCCCGUAAAGCGAUCGAGCUCAUCGCGCCCAUCCCGCUGGAGGAGACCGUCCCCGAGGAGAUUGUCCGCGAGGUGAUCGACUUCUCCAACUCGAUCAAGCGUCAGGCGGUCGACUCCAACCGUUUCAACUUCCGCUGGGACGGUCUGCUGCGCUACUACGAUCUCUUCCUCAACUACGACGAGAAGAAGAACUGGAAGGAUGUCUUCUCGCGCAAGUGCAAGGGCUGUGGAGCCUGGCUUGUCUGCCGUCCCGACUGGCGCAAGUGCCACUCUUGUGGUGAGGCACGAACUGAGGAAGAGGCCGCCGUCACCUGGAACCCACCUUUGGCGGUCGACGAGGUCAAAGCGCUGGUGCGGGCAUCGGAUGCCAAACCUGCUGCGCGCGCUGCACAGACCGUGACUGAGGAGGCCAAAAAUGGAACGGUGGUUGUUUCUCACGCGGUGGAGAUUUCUGCCUAA